CUUGAAUUCAGUUGAGCGACAUACCCGUAACGAUAAGGUCGCGAAAUACAUUUUAUGUGCACACGAUAUAUUUCUGUUCGGUCCAUCUCUCAUCAUCAAUGAUAUCAAGUAUAUACGUAUAUUGGAGUUUAUUUUAUGUUGUAAGCUGAUGAAAACAGUUUUUUUUCUACAACACCAACAGUACAAUCCGAAGAGUAAAAUAUUCGCGCAUGGAUACAGCGUGAAAAAGUGUCAUUAGAUUUUUGGGGUAUAAUUUACAGAGACGAGGGGAUUGAAAACAAGUGACAAUUUUGUUGAGAAGUAAGAAAAGAAAGGGAAAAAAUUAAAAAAAAAAAACAAGUAACAACAAAAUUUAUUGAAAAUUGAAAUUAUUGAUAUAUCCACGAAAUUCAAAUCAAAUAUAGUAUCAGACGACGGAAAAGAGAGAGAAAGAGAUAGAGAGAGAGGGAGAAAGAAGCGAAACAACUUGAAAAUAGUUUUAAUAAAAACCGACUCAUCAGCGAACGCGAUAUAGAAAACUUUUCACAAAAGUAACAAAUCGACCAGUUCAAGACGUAAGAUGGCUAAGCAAAAGGCAGCAAAAAAGGAGAAUCUUGAUGAUCUUAAGCAAGAAUUGGACAUCGACUACCACAAGAUCACGUCAGAUGAACUGUAUCAACGAUUUCAAACACAUCCCGAAAAUGGUCUAAGUCAUGCAAAGGCUAAGGAAAAUUUGGAACGCGAUGGACCGAAUGCGUUAACACCACCGAAACAAACACCCGAAUGGGUUAAAUUUUGCAAAAAUCUGUUUGGCGGUUUUGCAUUGUUGCUAUGGAUUGGUGCCGUUUUAUGUUUCGUUGCCUAUUCUAUUCAAGCCAGUACAAGCGAAGAACCAUCCGACGAUAAUUUAUAUUUGGGUAUUGUACUUGCAGCUGUUGUCAUAGUCACCGGUAUUUUCUCAUACUAUCAGGAAUCAAAAAGUUCAAAGAUUAUGGAAUCGUUUAAAAACAUGGUACCGCAAUUCGCAACAGUCAUUCGUGAAGGUGAAAAGCUUACAUUGCGUGCUGAAGAUUUGGUAUUGGGUGAUGUUGUUGAAGUGAAAUUCGGUGACAGAAUACCGGCCGAUAUUCGAAUUAUUGAAGCCAGAAACUUUAAGGUUGACAAUUCAUCACUGACUGGCGAAUCGGAGCCACAGUCACGUAGCUCUGAAUUCACUCACGACAAUCCAUUGGAAACGAAAAAUCUUGCAUUCUUUUCAACAAAUGCGGUUGAAGGUACUGCCAAAGGUGUUGUAAUCAGUUGCGGUGAUCACACUGUAAUGGGUCGUAUUGCUGGUUUGGCAUCCGGUUUGGACACAGGCGAAACGCCAAUUGCUAAAGAAAUCCAUCAUUUCAUUCAUUUGAUUACCGGUGUAGCUGUCUUCUUGGGUGUUACAUUCUUCGUCAUUGCAUUCAUCUUAGGUUAUCAUUGGUUAGAUGCUGUCAUUUUCUUGAUUGGUAUCAUUGUUGCAAACGUGCCCGAAGGUCUAUUGGCCACCGUAACGGUGUGCUUGACAUUGACAGCCAAACGUAUGGCAUCAAAGAAUUGUUUGGUUAAGAAUUUAGAAGCUGUGGAAACAUUGGGCUCAACAUCAACCAUUUGCUCAGAUAAAACCGGUACAUUAACACAAAAUCGUAUGACCGUUGCGCAUAUGUGGUUCGAUAAUCAAAUCAUUGAAGCCGAUACCACUGAAGAUCAAUCAGGUGUUCAAUAUGAUCGCACAAGUCCUGGAUUCAAAGCAUUGUCACGCAUCGCAACAUUGUGUAAUCGUGCCGAAUUCAAAGGUGGCCAAGAGGGUGUACCAAUAUUGAAGAAAGAAGUUAGCGGUGAUGCAUCAGAAGCAGCUUUACUUAAAUGUAUGGAACUUGCUUUGGGCGAUGUCAUGUCCAUUCGUAAAAAGAAUAAGAAAAUUGCCGAAAUUCCAUUCAAUUCAACGAACAAAUAUCAAGUAUCAAUCCAUGAAACUGAAGAAGCGGGCGAUCCACGCUAUUUGCUUGUAAUGAAGGGAGCACCCGAACGAAUUUUGGAACGAUGCGGCAGCAUUUUCAUCAAUGGCAAAGAAAAAGUAUUAGACGAAGAAAUGAAAGAAGCAUUCAACAAUGCAUAUUUGGAAUUGGGUGGUCUUGGCGAACGUGUACUUGGAUUUUGCGAUACAUUACUUCCAUCCGAUAAAUAUCCAAAUGGCUUUAAAUUCAAUACGGACGAACCAAAUUUCCCACUCGAUAAUUUACGUUUUGUUGGUUUAAUGUCAAUGAUUGAUCCACCGCGUGCCGCUGUACCAGAUGCUGUCGCCAAAUGUCGUUCGGCCGGUAUUAAAGUCAUUAUGGUUACUGGUGAUCAUCCAAUUACAGCUAAAGCCAUUGCCAAAUCGGUCGGCAUCAUUUCGGAAGGCAACGAAACCGUUGAAGAUAUUGCACAACGUCUAAACAUCCCUGUAUCAGAAGUUAAUCCACGUGAAGCCAAAGCGGCCGUCGUUCAUGGUGCUGAAUUGCGUGACGUUUCAACCGAACAACUUGAUGAAAUUCUUCGUUAUCACACUGAAAUUGUAUUCGCUCGUACAUCGCCACAACAGAAAUUGAUCAUUGUCGAAGGUUGUCAACGAAUGGGCGCCAUUGUCGCUGUAACUGGUGACGGUGUCAACGAUUCACCUGCUUUGAAAAAGGCCGAUAUUGGUGUUGCUAUGGGUAUUGCUGGUUCAGAUGUAUCAAAACAAGCUGCUGACAUGAUCUUGUUGGAUGAUAAUUUCGCAUCAAUCGUUACUGGUGUUGAAGAAGGUCGUUUGAUUUUCGACAAUUUGAAAAAAUCAAUUGCCUACACUCUGACAUCAAACAUUCCGGAAAUCUCACCAUUCUUGGCAUUCAUUUUACUUGAUAUUCCAUUGCCAUUGGGUACGGUUACAAUUUUGUGUAUUGAUUUAGGAACUGAUAUGGUGCCGGCAAUUUCGCUAGCCUACGAGGCUCCCGAGAGUGACAUUAUGAAACGGCAACCCAGAGAUCCAUACCGCGACAACUUGGUCAAUCGCAGAUUGAUUUCGAUGGCUUACGGUCAAAUUGGUAUGAUUCAAGCAGCUGCCGGAUUCUUCGUCUACUUCGUAAUCAUGGCUGAAAAUGGAUUUUUGCCCGGAAAACUUUUCGGCAUUCGAGAAUCCUGGGACUCAAAGGCUGUCAACGAUUUGGCUGAUUCAUAUGGCCAAGAAUGGACAUACCGAGACCGAAAGACACUUGAGUUCACAUGCCAUACCGCCUUCUUCGUAUCGAUUGUGGUCGUACAAUGGGCCGAUUUGAUCAUUUGCAAAACACGACGAAACUCGAUCGUUCAUCAAGGAAUGCGAAACUGGGCAUUGAACUUUGGAUUAGUGUUCGAAACAGCAUUGGCUGCAUUCCUGUCAUAUUGUCCGGGUAUGGACAAAGGUCUUCGAAUGUACCCGCUCAAAUUUGUCUGGUGGCUACCGGCUAUUCCAUUCAUGUUAUCCAUUUUCAUUUAUGACGAAAUUCGUCGUUUUUACAUUCGUCGCAAGCCAGGCGGUUGGUUAGAACAAGAAACAUACUAUUAAAUACUUUUUUGAAUUAAGUAAAAAAAAGGAAACACACACAAACACAACAACUAAAUCGAGACAAAAAAAAAUGCAAAAAAAAAUUAAGAAUAAAAUGAAUGAAUUAUUACAUAAUACAAGAUGAAUUCAGAUAAAAUGUGUUCGCAGGCAAGCAUUAGUAUCAAGCAAAUUGUGACAGGAGAUGAUCAUUUUCAUUUUCAUAGAACAAAACAAACAAAAUAUGGAUACUAUAAAAACAUAGUGUUUAACGAAAAUUCAUGUUCGAGAGUGUGCAGGAAACAAAAUGGGAAAUAACAGCAGCAACAACAAAACAACAAUUAUCUGAGUACACCGACAAAAAAACAAACAAACACAAAGAAUCUCCCACGACAACCAUUUCAAGAUAGGCAUUAACUGGAUAAACAAAACAAAAUAAAUAAAAUUAAAAAAACUGACACUAUAAGGAAAAUUAUAUGAUUAAACAGAAAAUUAAAAAGAAAAAAAAUGAAGAAGAAAAUGAGCAAAAAAAAACAUAUGUAAUGCGUUUGUAUUUUCACUUAUUUUCGGAUUUUAUAUUUGUUUUUUAAAAAACACAAACACAUGUAACUGUUCUUCACCAUUUAAGAGGUAAAAACAAAACAAACAUGAAAUAUAAUGAGGUUGUUUGUCUCAUUGCUUUAAUUUAUAGAUUCUCAAAUUAAUUUAUAAAAUAUAUAUAUCUAAAGAACAAGAACAACAGCAAAAUGAAAAUAAACCAGGAUGUAACAUUUUCGAUGCAAAAUUUACCCGCUAAUUGAACAGGUCAGACGACACAAAACAUCGAUGUCAUUUAUGUCUAAACGAAAGUAAAUAACGUAAACAAAAGAAAAUGAGCCCAUUCUCAUCUCCACAUUGAGAACACACACAUAAACAAAUCAGUGAAAUUAAAUAAGAUUUAAAGAAAGUAACAAAAAAAAUAUCGUUGAAAUACCAACAUAAAAAAUUUAUGUCUGUUUGUAUUCUCCAAAGUAUUCCCGUUGUAUUAUGUUGUAAAUUUGGAACAAAUUCUAGAGAAAACAAAAAAAAGUCAAAUAAAAAUUUAUGAUAAUUCGUUGACUAUUUAAUAAAUCAAUUCAAAUGAUUAAGAUUAAAGAGGUGACAAACUAAACAAAGAAAAAAAAAACAAUGAUGAUAUAAAACAAAUGACGAAAAAGAUAGAUUUAAACGACAACAAGAACAAAAAAACUAAUGUAAUUUUAACCAAAAGUGUAUUCAUUCUUCUAGCUUUGAAAAAUGUUAGCUCCCACAAUGCGAUCCCGCUUUUAUCGACCAAACUGCAACAAUUCAAGCACUAAUUCGUUCCAUUCCAUAGUUUGGUACUUACAAAUACAUUUCGAGACUCUCGGCUUCAUUUGUUGCUCUUUACUCUCUCGCUCUAUGUUCUAUAGUCUAUAUAUAUAAAUAUAUAUUGAAGUCGAGAUUUGAUCUUUUGAAUUUUGUUUUGAAGUUCGAACCAAUUCUCAAUUCUAAUUCGGCAGCCCAACACCAAUUUCAAUCAUCUCCGCAGUUGUGUUCAAUUCUGCAUAUGUGUUCAUGUAUUCAAAUUUGGCUUUUCAAUAUAUUUAUGGAAAAUGUCCAAAUAAAUCGACGAAUAAAUAAAACAACAGACGAACCACUUUCCAUCGUUCGCAUCCAUUGGAUUUGGAAAAAAUGGCAAAUACGACAAUUAAUAGAGAGAGUAAGUGAGAGAAACAGACUUGAAUCUCUCUCUCGCUGUGUGGUUCGAUUUUAGUGCGUGUUGCAUACCGCUCAAUCUUUGUGAAAGGUAACAAUUUUCGGCAACUAGAAUGGACGAACACGAAUUUAUUAAUUAAUUGAUGAAGAAAAUGAAUAAAUUUAAUAUUAAAAAAAAAAAAACAAAAAACAAGAAACAAACAAACAUUUUGCCAUAUAUUAAAUAUGCGUUCAAACAGAAUGAAAACAAAAAAUCACAAUAAAUCCAAUCACUUUUUUUUUCUGUCUGCCCUCCCUCAAAGAACAACAAAGGAGCCGGCGAAAACGAUUUAAUCAUUUUAACCCAUUCUUGGAAUGAAAAGAUAUGUAAACCUUUGUGCACUAAAGAAAACCAACAUUAUGAUCAAAUUCACGACAUUCCCUCUUCAGACCACCACCUUUUCCCACAAUAACAACAACAAAACAAAACACGAAAAGCAUAUUCGAUCCCAUUUGUUCCAUUCGAAAAAGUGGAACAUUUCAAAAUACACACAUACAUAUUGGAAGAAGAACGACAAAUAAAAAUUCAUCCCAAAACGAGCUGCAUAUAGUUUUAAUAAGCAAAAAACGAAACAAAUAAAACAAAAAAUGAAUAUAAAUUGAGUGUGAAAAGGAAUACAUGUUGUUUGAUCCACGAGCAUAUUUAAAACGUCCGUAAUUUAAGCCAGUUUCUACAAUUCACUGCAAAUGAAGUACAUUUUGAGUCACUUUUUUUUCCUAAACAAACUGAAAGUAAAUAAGAACUACUAAAAACGACAAAAAAAAUAAUAAAAUAAAAUGAUACAAAAAAAAAUAAUAACGCAAAAUCCAAAUGCUUUUCUUAAAUGUACGCUUGUUUUUAUUUUAGACGACGGCUUGACGGUGUGUGUAAUAUAUAUCGCAUUACAUACAUGUUCCCUUCAUUUCAUUCGUUUAUGAGAACAUUCGUUUCAAACUAUUGCGUUUCAUUGUUCUCCGUUUUUUCUCGAUUCAAAUAUUUUUUUUCUUUUGUUUGGUUUCAAUUACCAAAACAACCUCCAACACAACUGAAUCAACAUGUUAUAAUGUCAAUAGAAAGACAAUAUUGGCAUUAGAAAAAAUUCGAAUAAGAUCAAUUGAAUUAGAUGAAAAAAGUGAAAUGAGAUCGAGUCGUCCGCGCCGCCGCUCGAGGUUAAUGUUUGUGUUUAUGAACAAAUAUGCCUAAUUUAGGUGAUCGUUCAUCUGUUUCAUGUCUUCAGUAAAAUUUAAGCGCAUUAAAAAUUGUGACAAUUCAAAAGAGAGAAAAAAAAACAACCACAAAAUCAUAAAAUCAAACACAGAACCCAAAAUGAGCAAAACAGAAAUCAACAUAAACAAGUUUAAAAUCAGAAGAAAAAAAACUAAUUUAAAUUCAAACUUUUGCGAAACUAAUAAAAGAUGAAACAUCUAAAUUAAACAAAUAAAAAACCAAAUCACAAAUUAAAAUGACAUUAAGUGGCUCUUGUGAAAUGUGGUGCAUCGUUGGCGGCGAGUUUUAAUGACAUGUUUCCACGUUAUGUUUGGGACACUGUUUCGAAUAUGAAUAUAGAUAUAGAAUGAAGUUAUUUUCCAUAUGCUGUUUCCAGUGAGUGUUCUUAAUUCACUGCAAAAUUUGAAUGAAAAAACCCUAUGAGAAUCACAACGGUAAUAAUUUUGACACAAUGGAAACACCGUUAAAACUUGUAUUUUCCAUUGAUCGAUACACAUUUCGCAAGAGUCUUAAAACAAAAAUCAACAAUUAUUCAAUAAACAGAAAGGUUCAUUACCACACCAAAAAAAAUAAAUCAGUUGUAUGUGUAUUGAGAAUAGUGUGUGAAAAUAAAACUAAAUCAGUAUUUGAGCAAGAAAAAAAAUAAUUAAAAAAAUGCAAAGCGUCUUUACUGCCUGAUUAUUUAUUUCCCCAAAAUACAAAAAACAACAGAGUAAUUAAGAAGAACAACACAAAAAAAUUACCAAAAAAAAAAAA